AUGAUUCUGCUAUGUACCAUAUUGUUUAUCGUGCUGCUGUCGUUUGGAAUAUUUCGCCAGUCAGUUCUGUAUCCGAACGAGGCGUGGAACUGGACACUGGUCAAAAACGUCGUCUACAAGCCAUAUUUUAUGCUCUACGGUGAAUUGUACGCAGAGGAGAUUGACACAUGUGGCGAUUACGGUACAAACUGCGUCUCAUACGGUUGGCUGACGCCCCUAUUUAUGACCAUCUACCUGCUAUUGGCCAUCAAAGAAAAUUGUUCCACAUAUCCCAUGUAUGUCGCUUGUGAAGGCUGUGUUUCCUCUUUCAGUUUUGUGUUCAAUACGGUCAGCACCCAUUCGCAUCUGAUAUGGAAGUUUCACAAGUAUCAACAGGUAAUGGAUUAUGAACAACAGCCGUUUCUGCCUCCACCGUUGGUCAUCAUUGUGCACAUUUACCGCCUGGUGAGGUACACGUUUCUGAGGACAUGGCGGGCGAAGAAAACACAGUUGUUCCUGAGUGACGCAGAUUUGUCUAAGUUACAUGACUUCGAAUCACAGUGUCUGGAGGAUCUGCUGACCAAAAAGCGCAACGAAACCGCGAUUAAAUUCGGUAAUUUAAUAGUCAGAGUGGAGUAUACCAGUGCUGAAGAAGAUCAUUCUGUGUGA